AUGAUCUCUCUGCUUUACAUCUGACUGUAUUCCCAGAGCUUCCAUUCCCACGUGGCACAUCUUUACACUCACUUUGGGUACCCCAGUGCUCAGCAUAUUGUUGGCCAGAGAUACCUGAAGGGAGCUGGUGUGGUGAAGGAUGAAGAGAUGGCAAUGCAUUGGUUUAGACGAGCCUCCCAGCAGGACCAUCCUCAGGCUUCCUUUAACCUUGCAGUAGGAAAAGUGAAAAACAUGACUGGAUCCAUGGCAGUAGGGGAUAUAGAGAUGCUCCUUCGUGUUGCUGUGAGACAGGGGAUACAAGAAGCCCAGGAACUUCUGGAGAAUGUUAUUUGGACUAAAAGCAAGCCCCUGCCAACUAAACGAAUGGGAAGUUUUUUAUAA